GAUAAAUGGUUAUCUUGGUGCAUCCAUUGCUGUUAAAAAAUGGAAAAAAGUGCAAACAUUAAAGGGUGUAAUAUUCCAAACAUUUUUCAAUCCAUGGCUUACGGUGCGAAUUUGGAUAAUAUGCAGGAAGCUCUUGACUGGUUAAAAUGUAGUAAAGAUAAUGUAUUUUUUGCCUAUGUUGAUAAACCUACUGAAAAGCCAAAUGGUGUGCCAUUCAAACUAGAAAAUGUAAUUAAAAAUGAAUGUCUGUGCACUAUUCAUAUACCUGAAAUUGAAACUAUUCAGAAAGUAUUAUCCAAAACUACAGACAAAAAAUGGGCUGACCAGGAUUCCUUGGAAAAAACAAAAAUACUUUACAAAAUAAGCACAGAAAUAGAAAAACGGUCUGAUUUAUUUGCACAACUAGAAAUGUUGACUCGAGGUAUUUUGUCAAAAGAUACAAAACAUAAAGCUUUGCCAUUGUUAGCUCAGUAUUUUAGAUAUUAUUCAGCAUUUGCCUUUACUUCCGUUAAUGAAUCUUCAACACCAAAACCACUAGGUACUGCUGUGGGAAUAAUAUCAAAUGAAAAUUAUUUAGCUUACUUAGGACUGUUAGUGGCUCCUGCAUUAGCUGCUGGUUGUAAUGUUGUUCUUCAGGUGGGCACUCAAUUAACACCAGCUGCAUUUUUAUUGCAAGAUAUAGCAAAAGCAGCAGGAUUACCAGAUGGUACAUUCAAAAUUAUUCCUUCUGACGAUGGAGAACUUUUACCCUACUUAAGUUCUCAACACAUUGAUAUCAUUACUUUAUUUGUAGACUUGAAUAAUGAAAAAUACAAAGGGAUCAAUUCUUUAAAUAAAAAAAUUCUUGCCUUAAGUUCUUAUAAGACACCAGCUAUUAUUUUUGAAAGUGCAGAUUUGGAAUCGGCUUCUGAAAGUGUUAUUGAAUCUUCUUGGAGCUACCAGAGUCUGCUUCCUUGGAGCACAGACACAAUCUUGGUCCAAGAAAAUGUCUUAGAAACGUUCUUCGACAAGCUAAAAUCUAAACUAUGUACACUUAAAGUAGCUGCUGCAAAUGAUACAGCUGCCAAUAUUUCAAUUGCAAACAAAUCAAGUCUAGAGAGUCUCAACAAGCUAAUAAAUCAAGCAAAAUUUCAAGGAAUCGAAGUAUUUCAAGCACAACAUGAUUCAACUAAAUGGACUCCUACUUUAUUAAAAGGGGGAAGAGUGAAUACUAAUAAUGCUCUUGGUUCCAGUGAAAAUGAGGCCAAAGCUGUCACGAUUUUGGCAUUUAGGUCCAUCGAUGAGGCUGUUAAUUUGGCUAAUAACAACUGGCAAGGUUUGUGGGCAUCAGUUUGGUCAGAUAAUGUUGGGGUGGUUAAUGAAGUCAGCAGAAAACUAAAGGUCAGUAAUAUUUGGAUAAACAGUAGUUAUGGUUUAAUUACCCCAGAAGUCGUUAUAUCACCUAUUAAAGAAAGUGGUACUGGCAAUUUUGGAGGCAAAGAAGGAUACUUGGAAUAUUUAUGUUUAAAGAAAACUGAUCAAAACGUUUCUUUUAAAAACACUUCAGCUAAAUCAACUCUUAAUAUAGAUGCGCUUGUAAACAGUGCAAAAGCAGCUCAACAGAGCUGGCAAAAAGUACCAAGGAUUCAAAAACAAAAAAUAUUUCAGGAAUUUGCAGACUAUAUACUCAGAGCUAAAAAUGCAGGAUCUCCAGAACAAUCAUGGUUAACUUCUACAUUAAAACAUGUAUACACAGCAAUUAAAGACUGCUAUAAAGGUAACAUUUCAUCAACAAUAUCUAGAUAUCACUUGACUUCUGCCUGUGCGCCCAGAGGAAUUGUGGUCAUAGACAAACACGAAAAUUUAAACAUUCAAUUGAUUCUGACUGCACUUUUCGAAGGGAACUCAUUGAUACUGCUUGGUCUAGAAGGCGAUUUUGAAAAUACAUUUAAAUUUUUGAGUCAGAAAUUGCCGAACAGCGUUUUAAACAUAGUGCCUUACGAUCAGAGUCAUGUUAAAAAACUAGCAGCUAAUAAACAAAUUGGUGUAUUCUUUGGCAAUGAUUCUGAUCACAUUUUUGGAAAUUUGCCUUUAAGAGAUUCAAAAAAUUACAGAGCUGUGUCUGAUGUAAGAGAAGAUUUGUACGGAAAAAUAGUUUACAUAAAAAAUGUGUGGAGUGAUAUAGGUAAAUCAAGCACAUGCAAUUUUAAUUGAAAUGAUUAUAAUGUAUUUUUGGG